CGAGGGCUCCCCCGGGUCCUACCGCCCGCCCCUCCGGGACCCCUCACGGCCGUCCGAGCGCCGCCGCGGCGGGACGGGAAUGACCCUGCCCCCGGCCCGCAGCCACCGGCGGCGGCGGGACCGGCUCCCGGCUCCCGGCCUUGCCACCUGCCACGUCGGUAGUCUCCGCCCCGCGCCUCCGCGCCCCGCCCCUCGCCCUCGGUCUCUCCGCUCCAAGAUGGCUGCGGCGGCGGCGGCCGGGAGGGGCUGAGGCGCUCUGGCCGCCCGCAGCGCCCCGCCAUGCGGCCCGACCCCCUCACCGCCCCCAGCCGCCCCCGGUGAUCCGGGCUCCCGGUGCUCCGGGCCGGGCCCCGCCAUGCUGCGGCGGCUGCUGGAGCGGCCCUGCACGCUGGCCCUGCUCGUCGGCUGCCAGUUCGCCUUCGUCGCUUACUUCUCCUUGGGCGGCUUCCGGAACCUCACCUCCCUCUUCGGCCGCGCCACCGGCCCCGUUUUCGACUACUCCCGGACCCACGACGUCUACACCAACCUCAGCCGGCUGCUGCCCCGCCAGCCCGUCCGCCCCGACCCCGCGCAGCCGCUGCCCUUCUGCCCCGAGCGUUCGCCCUUCCUCGUGGGGCCGCUGACGGUGACCUUCAGCCGGGUGCCCACGCUGGAGCAGAUCCAAGCCAAGAACCCGGCGGUGCAGGAGGGCGGCCGGUACCGACCUGCCCACUGCGAGUCCCGCUCCCGCACCGCCGUCAUCAUCCCGCACCGUAACCGGGAGACCCACCUGGGCCACCUCCUCUACUACCUGCACCCCUUCCUGCAGCGCCAGCAGCUCCACUACGGCAUCUAUGUCAUCCACCAGGCUGGCAACUCCACCUUCAACCGUGCCAAGCUGCUGAACGUGGGGGUGAAGGAGGCCCUGAAGGACGAGGAGUGGGACUGCCUCUUCCUCCACGACGUGGACCUGAUCCCGGAGAACGACCACAACCUCUACACCUGCGACCCCUGGAACCCCAAACACGUCUCGGUCGCCAUGAACAAGUUUGGCUACAGCCUGCCCUACCCGCAGUACUUUGGGGGGGUCUCUGCCCUCACCCCUGACCAGUACAUGAAGAUCAAUGGAUUCCCCAACGAGUACUGGGGCUGGGGCGGUGAGGACGACGACAUUGCCACCAGGGUGCGCCUGGCUGGCAUGAAGAUCGCCCGGCCGCCGGUCUCCAUCGGGCACUACAAGAUGGUGAAGCACAAGAGCGACAAAGGCAACGAGGAGAACCCACACAGGUUCGACCUCCUGAUCCGGACGCAGCGCAUGUGGACGCAGGACGGGAUGAACUCCCUCACCUACCUGCUGCUGGCCAAGCAGCUGCACCCACUCUACACCAACAUCACCGUGGACAUUGGCACCGACCCCCGCGCCGCCCGCCGGGCACCGCUGCCAGGCCACGAGGGGCAGCGCGACCGCAGCAGCCUCUUCCGCGAGGAGAUGCUGCGCAAGCUGCCCCGCGACGCCGCGGGCUGGGGGCACAUGGGGCUGGCCCUGUUCCCCCGUGUGCCCACGGCUGCCCUGCCACGGCCCCCGGCAGGGAACAGCACCCAGAGUGGCACCGACUCCCUGCCAGCUCCAGGGAUCACCCAGCGCAGCCCCGAGGCAGCCAGGGAGGCCGACGCCCAGCCGGGGAGCAGCACCAGUGUGGCUGUAGCACAGGAGGCAACCGUGCCCACCCACGGGGACAACCAGACUCUACCACGAGGUGCCCAGUAGCUACUUGGCACUGCAGCCCUGGCACAGACUGCUCCCUGUGGCCUGGUGCUGGCAGGGGACCCGCAGCAGGGCUGUGGCUGUGCUGGAGAGACUCGAGGGGGAAGGGGCAGCGAGCCCAGGAAGCUGCUGGCCAUGAGGCCAGUGCCUGGCACUGGGGCAUCCAGGAAAGGGGCACAGGGAGAGCCUGAUGCCAUCUGCCCUCGAGCGGCAGGUGCCUGAGGGCGGCAAGGGGCAGCGCUGCCAGCCUGUGGUUAUUUAUUCUAUUUAUGAGCUGCUCCUUGGACCUUUCUAAGGGUUUUUCAAUUAAAAAAAAACAACAACUUUA